AUGCAGUACUCAACACCGGAGUCCUGCACAGAUCAGCGGACCGAGACGCCAUCGUCUGAUCAGCUGAACACCGAGUUCAGCACUACCAACGACUUUUCGCCUGACAAUGGCAUCGGAUCGGAUAGGGAUCCCUCUCCAGACUGUGUCUCAACCUCCUCCGGUGAGCCGCAACUGCUCAACACCAAAGCCAUUUCGGCAGAGGAUGCUGAACUUCAACGACAAAUCCUCCGUCUUCAGUCGUUCAACAACGACCUCAACGCCGACAAGAAGCCGGCGUUGAACCUACUGUCGUCAUUCCAUAAUAAUCCAUUGUUGGCCGAAAAAUUGGCCAGCUGUAUGAUUCCCGGCAUGCCGACACCACCGUCGGCUACCGUACCGUUGGCCGCUUCACUUGGUCAAACGCCAAACACGCAUGAGGUGACGCCCACGAAACGGAAACGACAACGGAGAAAUCCAGUAUGGCCGUAUUUCGAUGUCGUUGAUGGUACGGCACGAUGCAAACAAUGUUUGUACAGCACAAAAUCGGUGUUCAGUACAAAUUUAAAAGUGCACCUACGAUCACACCAUCGGGCCGAUUACGAAAAGGUUUGUCCACUGUGUUAUAGUCAUAUCACUUUUGAAUUUUUUAAAAACUUAUACAAUAUAGGUAACACUUGA